AAAGCCCACCCAGUUUCCUCCAGCCUCCAUCUGCCCAUUAGGUCUCUUCAACCUCUUCCAAGUCAACACUACAGCUCACCAGUCAACUAUCUACAUCAAUCGGAACUCUUAAGAUGGGAAAUCACACUCUGCCAGACCUCCCAUACUCUUACGAUGCACUAGAGCCGGCGAUCUCCAAGGAGAUCAUGGAGUUACACCACUCCAAACAUCAUGCCGCCUAUGUCAACGGACUCAAUGCCGCGGAAGAGUCCAUUGGAAAUGCGUUGAAGGCCGGUGAUGUCAAGAAACAGAUCGAGUUGCAAGCUGCCAUCAAAUUCAACGGCGGUGGUCAUCUUAACCAUUCGCUCUUCUGGAAGAACCUCCAGCCAGAGAAAUCGGGAGGUGGUAAGAUGAGCGACGGUUCCUUUUCCAAGGCGGUUCAACAAGACUUUGGUGGCUUGGAGCAGUUGAAAUCGUCGAUGAAUGCUUCUGCUAUGAGCAUCCAAGGCUCUGGUUGGGCUUGGCUCGGAUAUGAUACCAAGAUGAAGAAGUUGGUGAUCAUCAACACUGGUAACCAAGACCCAUUGACCCCGCAAAUCCCCAUACUUGGUAUCGACAUGUGGGAGCAUGCCUUUUACUUGCAGCACCAAAACCGAAAGGCCGACUAUUUGACCAACAUCUGGAAAGUCAUGAAUUUUGCUGAAGCUGAAAAGCGAUUCAAGGAGGCUUCCUCCUGUUAAGCUUGCCCCGCUUCUUCGCCAAAGCUUAACAAAUCGCGCUCAAAUCGAUAUGCUCAGAUACAACCCCAUACUGAAAAAAAAAGUGAAGGCCGUUUGGCUUCUGUUUGAAUGAUCAUGUAAUGCCAACAGGCUAAAAAGCUUCUGUAGACUUGAAAUACCAAACCAGUUUUUACCCUC